GCGGAGAUUGUCGAAGACGAGCGAGUGGAGAAAACCGCAGCUCCGGGCGGAGCGGGUGAGAAGAGCAAACAUCCCCCCUCAGCUGUAUAUUGUGGGUGUCACCGCUGGAAGUUACGAUCUGCUGAGGAGAAACCUGCAAACGAGGAAGAGGCAGCUAGAUUCCCUCGGAUCAAGACACUAAGAGCUAAUUUUACUCUCCCAGCUGACGGGUUUUAUUUUUUCAGAUUCUCUCUUUUUUUGUAGCUACGAGGAGAAGAGAUUAAAAAUGUCUUUGAUGGACUUGGAGAAGCUGAAGAUGACGUGCGCUGGUCGAGCCAUGGCAGUGCUGACCAGCGGUGGAGAUGCACAAGGGAUGAAUGCUGCCGUCCGAGCUGUGACCAGGAUGGGCAUUUAUGUGGGAGCCAAGGUCUAUCUCAUUCAUGAGGGUUACCAGGGCUUGGUGGAUGGGGGAGACAACAUCAAACUGGCCAAUUGGCACAGUGUGACCAACAUUAUUCAGCUGGGUGGGACCGUGAUAGGCAGUGCCCGCUGCAAGGCCUUCAUGACGCGUGAGGGCAGAGUUUCCGCCGCCUUCAACCUGGUUAAGAAAGGCAUCACCAACCUGUGCGUGUGUGGCGGCGACGGCAGCCUUACCGGAGCCAACAUCUUCCGCAAUGAGUGGAGCGAUCUACUCGAUGAACUCGUAAAGAAAGGAAGGAUCACAGACACUAUGGCUAAGAAGCAUUAUAACUUGAACAUCGUGGGCCUCGUCGGCUCCAUAGACAACGACUUCUGCGGCACAGACAUGACCAUCGGUGCCGACUCUGCGCUGCACCGCAUCAUGGAGAUAAUUGACGCCAUAAUGACCACUGCACAGAGCCACCAGCGCGCAUUUGUUUUGGAAGUGAUGGGACGGCACUGUGGGUAUUUGGCUUUAGUCUCAGCUCUGGCAUCAGGGGCAGACUGGGUUUUUAUUCCAGAGGCUCCACCUCAGGAGGGCUGGGAGGACAAUAUGUGUGCCCGUCUAGAGGGGAGCCGCACAAGUGGGGGGUCGAGAAUGAACAUCAUAAUCGUCGCAGAAGGAGCCAUUGACAGAAAUGGCAAGCCCAUCUCCUCAAAUUAUAUAAAAGAUCUGGUGCAGAAGAGACUGGGUUAUGACACCAGAGUGACAGUACUCGGCCACGUUCAGCGGGGAGGAAUUCCCUCAGCGUUUGACAGAAUACUGAGCAGCAUAUUGGGUGUGGAAGCGGUCAUCGCCCUGAUGGAGGCUACUCCUGAAACCCCCGCCUGUGUAAUCGGCCUGUCGGCCAACCAAGCAGUCCGCCUCCCUCUGGUGGAGUGUGUGGAGAUGACUAAGUUGGUGCAGACGGCCAUGAAUGAGAAGAGGUUUGAUGAAGCCAUUAAACUGCGUGGAGGGAGUUUUGAGAGCAACUGGAACAUCUACAAGAGUCUCGCUUUCCUCAAGCCUCCUCAGUCUAAGAGCAACUUCUCUUUUGCUAUUCUGAACGUGGGAGCUCCGGCGGCAGGAAUGAAUGCUGCAGUGAGGUCGGCAGUGAGGUCAGGGCUCUCUCGUGGACACAAAGUCUACGGGGUCAAUGACGGCUUUCUGGGACUUGCCAAUGGAGCGGUGUUUGAGAUGGAAUGGCAUAGUGUGGCUGGAUGGACGGGCCAAGGAAGCUCACUGCUGGGGACAAAACGGACUCUUCCCAACUGUCACCUGGAGAAGAUUGUGGAAACCAUCAGCAAGUUCGAAAUCUCAGCUCUGCUUGUAAUUGGAGGGUUUGAGGCGUACCAAGGUGUGCUUGAGAUCUAUGAGGCCCGGACUCACUACGAUGAGCUCUGCAUCCCCAUGGUCAUUAUCCCUGCUACCAUUAGCAACAAUGUCCCGGGAACUUUCUUCAGUGUGGGUACAGACACUGCUGUCAAUUGUGCAAUGGAGAGUUGUGACAAGAUCAAGCAGUCUGCCAGUGGGACCAAGAGACGAGUGUUUGUGGUGGAGACCAUGGGUGGGUACUGUGGAUAUCUGGCAUCCUCUACUGGCAUAGCAGUGGGUGCUGAUGCAGCCUACAUCUUUGAAGACCCCUUUAACAUCCAUGACCUUAAGACAAAUGUGGAGCACUUAUCUGAAAAGAUGAAGAAGGAUGUCCAACGAGGUCUAAUCCUGAGGAAUGAAAAAUGCCAUGAAAACUACACUACAGAUUUCAUCCAUAAGCUGUAUUCAUCAGAAGGGAAGGGCAUCUUUGACUGCAGAGUCAACGUGUUAGGACACCUCCAGCAGGGCGGGGCACCUUCUCCCUUUGAUAGAAAUUUUGGCACGAAGCUGGGCGUGAAAGCUAUCGAGUGGCUUUCAGAGAAACUGACUGAAAACUACCGACAAGGGCGAGUGUUUGCCAACUCACCAGAAACGGCAUGUGUCAUCGGCCUCAACAGGAAGGUUGUCUCAUUCACCCCUGUCACUGAACUGAAGGAAAUAACCGAUUUUGAGCACCGGAUGCCCAAGGUAGAGUGGUGGUUAAAACUGCGGCCCAUGCUAAAGAUGUUGGCCAAGUACCAAACCAGCUUCAAUGAAUAUGUCCCAGGAGAGAUUGAACAUGUGACUCGACGCUCCAUCAGCAUUGAUAGUGGAUUCUAAGCCCUCUGUAAAAUGGCAGCAUGCUUUGCUCCUUUCAGCUUUUAUCCCUUCAUUUUUAAUUCUCAUCAUCACAUAUCAUAUGUAACCUUUCUUCACAAGCGUGGGCUUUCAAUUUGACUGCCUGACUUCUUGUUUUCACGUAAAGACAUUUCAAUGCUUUCCAUCAAAAUGCAGAACUCCCUUGCUCUGCCCUCUGAUAUAUUGGUUAACCUGAUGGAUUCACAGGUUUUGUCUGCUCCUUCUUGCACUAAAGUUGCUCUUAUUUGCUCAGCGAAGUUCUGGUCAUGAUCCAAUUUGUGCCCAGACUUGUUUGUGUGUAUUUAGGGGGCAUACUGUAUGGGUACAAUAGGUGGCGGGACCUUUACUCCAUGCCCAUCUCUUAAACUGAAUGACCAUGAAUAUACUUUCUAAAUGCCAGCACUGAUCUCACCUGUGUACCAGUAUUUAUUUGACGAGGAAUUCAGCACAAAGGUUUUCUUAUCGUGCCAAGAUCCAAGGGAGGCUUUGUAUAUUUAAACCACUGCUCAACAGACAGUCAUGAGUGCCACUGAACAAAACAUUUUAUAGAUUAACUACUGACUGUGCCAUGAAACAAGACUGUAUGCAAGGUGUUAUGAAUGCUUUCUCUCCAAAAUCAUGAGCAAAUGAGCCAGAAAUCAUAUGAUAAAGGAAACUUUUUAACAGUUUUAU